AUGAUCCAACCACUGCAAUUCUUGAAAAACUAUGUGAAUCUUGUAUCCUCUAGUAAUCAUUCAAAAUAUCAUGAAUGCUUGAUAUUCUUCAAAUAUAGUCACAGUCAGUUGAAUCAAUGUAUACACCAUUGGUUAGUUUCUUUGGUAAUCCACCAGAGUUUGUUGGAAACUAAUUGUGCCGCCGUUGAUUCUGUUAGUGGUUCGGGUAUACCCGUACUUUUUGUUCCAUUCAUCCACCUGGCCAUUAUACCUCCAUUAUGUAGAACUGAUGGUGAUGAUGGUGAUAAUUUAACAAAGAAUGAUGAAUCAAAUUGGAUAACAUUUGAUUUUUUACCAUUAAUUUUAUAA